GGUUAACAUCCUGAUUAGUUUCAACUAGAGCGACUAGCAACGAAAGUCUAGGAAAAAUAAGAAUUUGAACGAAUGAUGUGAUAACGGUGGGAUUAAAUUAAGCUGUUAGGAAGAGGGGUACCUAUAGUGUAGAAAUUAAUCCCCCUCCCCCUACAAAUGUUGGUCCUGUGAAAAAGAUAAGUAAGAUAAAUGACGCAGGGAGUAAUCUGCUAGUUUACCGCGAAAAAACGGAAGUCGUUGUUGUUCUCCCGGCAAAUAAGCGGCAUCGAGAUGAACAUGUUCGAGGCGAAUAUGCGUAAAGUGAGCGAUUCGCUCUACAACGCGGUUCGAUUGGCGGCCGAGUACGGCAAUGAAGAGAUUAAAGAGCUUAAGCAGUACACAGAGAUGGCUGAAAAGCUGUGCGAGGCAGAGAGUCUCAUGAACAGCCACACAAAAGCAAUUGCAGAAGCCUCCCGCGAACAAACGAUUGACAGUUUCGACAGGCGAUAUCAAGCCGGCACAACGAAUAAGAAGGUCCAAGUCAAGGGCCACAAGCGUUACAAAGAUUUUGUGCAAUUUGCUAAACCACUGCUUGAUCCGGCUUCGGACGAAACCAGCGAUCAGCAGCAGUCAGCGAUCGAUGAGGAAUUGGUCAUGGAGGAUGACCCAAGCAGUAUGGUUGAUCCGAUCUUAAAGAAGCCGCUCGAGGUACCGGUGCGUAAUAUGGUGUGCAAUCACGUGUACGAGAAGAGUUCGAUCGAGCAACUGCUAAAGAUGAACGCCAAUACACGCUGCCCCGUGGUGGGCUGUGCCGCGCAAGGGUUCGUCAGUGCCCAGCAUCUGAAGCUUGAUGAACAGUUGCUGCGUAAAUUGCGCCGCUUAAGAGAUACCGAGCUAUAGAUAGUCCAUGCCUAAUUGAACCGUUCACUGAUUAUGUACAAAACACACGAAAUCUCGAAUCUCAUUUACAGAACAAAAAUAUAUCAGUUUCGUUCAUACUAUAUACGUUACGU